AAAUUGAACCAACUAAACAAAGACAUAGAAAGUUAUGUUAAGAUGGGAGGAGCGGAAACUGUGGCGAACCCACAACUCGAUACUUUGUAUUUAGUCUUGUACAUCAUUGAAUCACUGGACUUGAAAGAACAGAAGUGGUGUAGAGCGCGACUAACUGACAUCAAAAGCGAUAACAACGAUACACUGUAUGAAAUGUCUUUAAUUGAUUAUGGAAAAGUGCAGUGUGUUGGAAUAAACAGAAUCAGAGACAUUCCAACUAAUAUAGCUCAGAAAAAACCGUUUGCCAUUGAAUGUAUGUUGUAUAAUCCUAUGGACUUCACUUGGAGGAAGGACGCCCAUUACUCUUUAGCGAAGCUACUGAUAGAAAAAGACGUUAUAAUGAUGGAAAAGGGCUAUAGUAAUGGCAUUUGCCAGGUAGAACUAAUGAUAGCCUCGACAGAUGGAGGAGCAACUUCAGUUAUUGAUGUGUUAAUUUACGCUCAGCACUCAGUGGCUAGCAGUAAUGAUGAUUCGGUCAGUGCAGAUGAAUCACAGUCCUCUAGUAAGAAGGAAGUGUGCUAUCCGGCUUUGAAAGUAUUCUCCAACAGCACGACAUUUACUAAGAACGAAAUGCAGAAAGUGGUAAUUGUGAAUGUUGUCGAUCCAUAUAACAUUUUCGUUCAUCUGGUGAAAAAUCAAGAGGCCAUGAAAAGUAUGAACCAUGAAAUUAAAAAGGCGUUCAAGAGUCACAGUUCGAAAGGCUGCAUGCCGAUCGAAGGGACGUAUGCACUUGUCGAGCAUCGAAGUUUUAUGAGUGCGUAUUGGCAUCGUGCCUUAAUCAAACGCGUGGACAUUAAUCUCGAUACAGUUCAUGUGCUGUUGGUGGAUUGGGGUAUCAAUGUCAUUGUAUCCACCAACAAGAUUAAGCCUUUGCAAAAACACUUAACAAAAGUCGAAAGCCAAGCUGUUUUGGUAAAAUUAGCUCAUAUUGCUCCUAGUAAUAACCAGUCGGUUUGGCCCGCAAAAGCCGCAAAUUUUCUUCAUACUUAUCAAAGAUCUCAAGAGGUACUCAAAAUGAUAGUUCAGGACGUUAAACCUGAUAUCGAGGUAGCUCUUUUUAGCAUGAACACUAAUGCGGAUAUUUGCCUAAAUGCCGCCAUGGUGGAACACAACUUGGCCAAUUCUACAGGACAAAUAUCAACGCAACGUGUAUGGCAAAGAUUGGCAGAGGCUGAGGACUCGGAUAUUUGUACUAAUGAUGGUUUGGUGUCGUCGUUGUUAAAGAAAGUCGAUGAAGAAGCGAAAUUUGAGGACGGUUCCGAUGAAGAAGAUUUGUCCGGGAUCGCUAAGAAAAGAGUGGACAUAGUUAAGGUUGAAUCACCCGAACUAAUUUGGCUCAAGUUCGUGCAUUUUAAAGACAGAGAACGAGAGAUGUUUAAAAAUCUGCAGGUGCAUUAUAGUCAGGACCAUCAAACCCAACCAAAAUGGGAAGUGGGAGAACUGUGUGUAACGGAAUCAGAUAAUCAGUAUGCUCGAGGAAAAAUAACAAAAGCGGUCGGCAAUGACUAUAGCGUAUACUUAGUCGAUCAGAUUAAACACAUCACAGUUUCAGUGGAUAAGAUUUAUAAGUACAAUCAGUAUUUUGCGCGAUAUCAACAGGCAGUGUUUAAGUGCCAUUUGGCUAACAUUCGUCCUGCAGGAGACACUGGGCAAUGGAGUAUUUCGUCAAUUGAAGCUUUACAGGAAAUAUUCCGUAAACAUCAUAGAAUAUAUGCAGCUAUAGUAAAUAAUGAAGAAUCUGAUUUGUCGACAGCAAGUUUGGCAAUUGAUAUGUGGUAUGGGCUAAUCAUUCGGGGAGGAGCUCUGGAACCAGAUAAAAUAAAAUAUGUAUCUAUCGCCAACUCAUUGAUUAAAUUCGGUUUUGCAUUCAGAUUGAGCAGAACAAAACCCACAACAUAUACCGCAGAAGCGGCAUUCCUUAAGGAUAUUCCGAAUAUUCAAUCUGAAGUUAUUGAAGAGAAGUGCUCGAUCACACCGUGUGAGCCUCAGAAGAAAACCUGGUAUGAAGAAAUUCUUGAAAGUGCUGAAGCUGGAGAAAGCAAUUCUUCGACAGGUCUCAGUAAAAGUGAUUCAAUUGAACCGGAAAACCCAGCUGAUCCAACACAGCCAUGUGGAACCGACGAUGAGCAUAGCUGCGAAGAUGAUGCCGAAUCAAUAUGCAAUAAAAAUGAAGUAGAAAUCACUGAUUGGCUACCACCCUUUAAAAUAGUAGACAGAGACUUUCGGGCGCGGGUAACAUGCGUGGAGACUGGAGGACAUUUAUUUGUUCAUACAGCGCCUCUACAUGAGGCUUACCUUAAAAUGGAAGCAAAUAUUAAAGCAUUUUUUGAUCGUCAUCCGCCGUCAGUAAGCGAUCAAGCAUGGCAGGCUGGUGAGCUCUGUACUAUCAAAUUCAAUGAUGGAAAUUGGUAUCGAGGAAAGGUCUUAAGUACUGAUGAUUCAAACAUGGUAUACGUGUAUAUGAUUGAUUUUGGAAGCGAUCAUAAGAUAUCAAGAGAUGAAUUAUUCCGCGAAGUGCUUUAUACUGAAAUUCGGGCAUUUGCUACGAAAAUUAAGCUGAACCGAGUUUUUGAUAAGUCUGGCUCCUGGUUAACUUCCGACUACGACCAUUUCCGUGACUUAGUUACCGAUUGGUGCAGAAUUGUUAUUGAAGGGUCUCUUGACGUGGAACUACCACUUGCAGAUGUUUACAAUAACGAGCAGAUUUUUAUUAAUCAGAGAUUAGUCGAACUAUGUCCCAAUUUGUCCAGGUCUUCUGUGGAACCUGGCGAGAUUAUCGAAGACGAUAACACUGUUAUAGAGAAUAUAGAAAUUGAGGAAGUAAUUUCGAAUCACGGGGAAACGGAUGAUCCUAUUGAUAGUAACAGCGAACUGGCAGAAUCAGAUCAAACUAGUUAUCUCGAAUCUAAAUUUGAAGACACGACUUUGAAAUAUAAAGUUCAGGAAUUACCCAUUGAGCUUCUGCGUGGAGAAAAGAUGGAAAUGUUUAUGGGCGGGAUAAAGGAUUAUAAUAAAAUAUGCAUUCGUCUAAUCGACGCAAGUACUAGCGAAGACAUGUAUGAUUUAGCCAGCACUAUCCAAGAUGAGGUGCCCAGAUUGCCCCCAAUGACAGGUGGGAAUUUUUAAAUUACUUUCUACAUGGAUUUUGUCAUAGUGGCAUCAUUUUUACACAUACAAGACAUUUUGGCACCCGUAAACAGGUGCCAGAUUGUUUCUCCUUAAAAAAAAAAUUUCUCAUAUGACCG